GCCGUGACCGGGCCUCGGCUUGCGGGCCCGAGGGGUACCCCACGUUUACCCGCGCUUCGUGCCCGUCACCUCCGCCGCGCCGCCGCCGGCCUGAACCGUGCCCGCGCCCGCCUCGCCCCUCCGUCCGCCGCUGCCGGUGCGAUGCGGCUGGGCCCGAAGCCCGCGGCGCUGGGGCUGCUGCUGCUGUGCGCCGCGGCGGCCGGCGCCGGGGACGCGGAGGAGCUGCACUACGCGCAGGGCGAGCACCGCGCCGACUACCAUCGCGAGGCGCUGCUGGGCGGCCAGGAAGAAGUCGAUGAAUAUGUUAAACUCACCCCCGAAGAGCAACACAAAAGACUGAAGUCAAUCAUAAAGAAAAUUGACUUGGACUCAGAUGGCUUUCUCACCGAAAGUGAACUCAGUUCAUGGAUUCAAAUGUCUUUUAAACAUUAUGCUAUGCAAGAAGCAAAGCAACAGUUUGUUGAAUAUGAUAAAAACAGCGACGGCAGUGUGUCCUGGGAUGAGUAUAACAUCCAAAUGUACGAUCGUGUGAUUGACUUUGAUGAGAACACAGCUCUAGACGAUGCAGAAGAGGAGUCUUUCCGGCAGCUUCAUUUAAAGGACAAGAAACGAUUCGAAAAAGCUAACCAAGAUUCAGAUCCUGGUUUGAAUCUUGAAGAAUUUAUUGCUUUUGAGCAUCCUGAAGAAGUUGAUUAUAUGACGGAAUUUGUUAUUCAAGAGGCUUUAGAAGAACAUGACAAAAAUGGUGAUGGAUUUGUUAGUUUGGAAGAAUUUCUUGGUGACUACAGGCGGGACCCAACAGCAAAUGAAGACCCAGAAUGGAUACUUGUUGAAAAAGACAGAUUCCUAAACGACUAUGACAAAGACACCGAUGGCAGGCUGGAUCCCCAAGAGCUGCUGGCUUGGGUGGUGCCCAACAACCAGGGGAUUGCACAGGAGGAGGCUCUUCAUCUCCUUGAUGAAAUGGACCUGAACAGUGACAGAAAGCUCUCAGAGGCAGAGAUCCUGGAGAACCAGGACUUGUUUCUCACCAGUGAGGCCACAGAUUACGGCCGACAGCUGCAUGAUGAACAUUUCUAUCACGAGGAGCUUUAAUCCCUGGGUGCAUCUGAGUAGAGUCCUGGCUCCUUUCAUCAUUUGUCACCAGCUUUACUUUUGUGAUACAAUAUUGAUGAUGUUAAUUUUCACUCUGAAGUCUUACCACAGUCAGAUGUAUCCUUAAUAUAGAUUAUAAUUUUGGCCUUUUAGGAGAAACACAAAACAAAGCUAUAUUUAUUUCAAAACAUAUUAAAGAAAUAAUAUUGUGCCAUAGGAUAACAAAAUCUCUUUCCUAAAUAGUCCAUCUGUUUAGUUCUGUAUUGUGGAAUAUUUUGAGUUCUAUUUCCAUACUUGAAAAACAUGGAGGAUUUUUAGAGAUGCCUGAACAAUAUUAAAGGAGUUUGUGACUGAGCUAUCAAUUUUUGUUUAAGUAGAUUUAAUUUGGGAACUGACCGAAGAAUAUUGUUUUUAGAUUUAGCAUUUUGUUUUAAAACCUUUAAAGGAACCUAUUUAGAAGGACUUAUACCUCACAUAUAAGUUGAGAAGUUAUGCUUAAUUUUAAAAUGGUUUCUAUAAAGGGUUUUACUGUAUGAAAUAGAACUUUAUAUUUUUGCAUAUGUAUAGAUAGUAAUUAUAUUUAAUGUGUAACUAUAGCUCUAUUGUGUGUGGAGUUUGACAUUGUCCGGAACUCUUUUCUUUUUUGACUAUUAAAAGUGAAAUGUCCUACCUUUUUAAA